AUGGCCGACUUUCAUCAGCAGCCUUUGGGGGCCGCUGCUGCUGCUGCUGCUCCUCCCGAUCAUGAACCCCCGCCCGAGCAGCAACGGGUGAGGAAACGUCGCAGACGCACCAUGGCAUGUAUGCAGUGUCGCAGCAGGAAACUACGCUGCGACCGUGAGUAUCCAGUAUGCAGUCGUUGUCAGAAGAGCAAGACACCCAAUAAAUGCACUUAUGAGGACGGCUUCCUUUGGCAGCAACCCAAUACAGUUGCCUCGCCCGUUUUCUCCGAGCGAGGUCCCACAACCACGGUGCAAAUGCCCCAAGCUGAUCGGGCGACUGCCCACCCUACCCCGGACUCGGGGAUAAGCAGUCUCGCAUCUCGGUCUCAUCCCUCGCAUCCCGUUGAGGAGAAACGUGAUAAAUUUCUGGAAACCGUCUUGGGUGCCCCCAAGGCCGCCGUCAAUCAGGAGCCAUAUGUCAACACCGACCUCCUCCAGCGCCCCCGUCACCCUCCCGAAUCACAUCAUCAUUCCACCUCCCACCCCUACCCCGACGAUAACGAUGAGACUCCUGCAUCGCCGUCGCAGCAAUUGGAUGUCUCCCCUCGGAUCAUGAUGCGAGGACGAGAGACAAAGACCCGUUUCAAUGGAUCAGGCAUUUUUGCCAACCUUAUCGCGCAGUUUCCUGACCUUAGGGCCUUUGCGGAGGAGAUCCGUCAAGCCAGUCCGCAUCUGUCAGCGUUACGGCCCGACCUAAUGAGAGUCAGGAAAGGCGUCUGGAAGAGAAAGCCUCUGAACGAGCCAUUUCCCAUGCCCACAACAAGUUCCUUGAUCACCAUGAUCCCGUCACGUGCAGUGGUGGACGAGCUUAUCUCCUUGUACUGCACCUACAUUGAAUCCACCCAUCGGAUCUUUCACAUCCCAUCAUUCCUCAACCAAUUGGAAGCGUUUUGGCCGCAGCGAGAUCAGCCGGAUUUGGUCUCGCCGAUUUUUGUGGUGCAGCUCCUCCUGGUGCUUUCGUGUGCAUGGAAUCUCGCCGAUUUCCAGACCCUGCAAAUGAAGAAUGACGGGCAUCUGCAAUGCUAUACGGCCGUCGAGUGGGUCAUGCAUGCCGAGAAGUGGAUAGAGAACGCGCAUAUCAAGCGCCCGGAGCUGACCAGUCUCCGCCUGAAUACAUUGCUGAUCAUCGCCCUCAAUAUCCAUGGCAUGAAACGCAGCCAAGCUUGGCUUGCGACGGGAACGCUAGUCAAGCAAGCCAUGAUGGCCGGUUAUCACCGGGAUCCGACUCGAUAUAGCCGAAUCUCCGUCUUCAACAUGGAAAUGCGCCGAAGGAUAUGGACGACGAUUGUGGAACUCGAUCUACAGGUAUCUCUUGAACGCGGCAUGCCGCCGUCGGUCCAGGAAGCCGAUUAUGACACGGCUCCGGCACUCAACAUCAAUGACGACGAGAUCCACGAGGACAGCACAGAGCUUCCGGUGGCGAAGCCGUUGGGUGUAAUGACUGAUUGCUCGUUCCAAGCGGUCCUCGUACAAUCUCUUCCGCUGCGGCUCAAGGCCUGCGCGUUAAUGCAUGCCCCACACAUUAGCUGCCGAUACGAAGAAAUCCUACAUUAUGACUUUGAGUUGAACCGACACCUUUCUAAGAUCCCUACCUGGCCGACAUCAGACGUGGACGACUUUCAAACCGCGCACCGCGGAAUCCUCAUCCGAGCAAUGCUGGAAAACAAAAUCGGACAUUCCCUCUUAUCUAUACACACGCCGUUCGCCAUUGAAGCGCCCAAGGAUUCCCUCUUUACACCGUCUGCCCGGGCUCGUUUAGAAGUGGCGUCGAUGAUUCUAUCCACACAACGGCGCUUACGCGAAACCUCGCAACAGCUAUCCCUCUGUAACAUGGGCGACUGGACCAUGCAGGCGUACUGCACUAUAUGCGAGCUCCUACAUCAGGGGCAAAUGACCAACGGUGCUUCCACCUUCUUAACCCGAACCCUUCCUGGCCUACCCGAAUCUCUCAUAUCCCUGGUGGAAGUGGUCCUUACGUGUCUCGAAUCCCGGCUUCUCCUUGUGGUCAAGGGAGCCAAGGAAUAUUUCUUCAUGUCCACGAUUGUCGCAUUGGUCAAAGUAGGUCUCUGGCCGAGUCAAGCGCAGAUUUACAAGCAGGAGGUUGUGGAGAGAGUUAUUCUCUUUGCGCAAACCCUGUUUACACGACACGCCAAUUGCGCCCAUCUCGGCGAAUGGGGAUUGGGUAACUUCAAGACCAACCAAGUUCCCAGCUUGAAUGCAACCCCUGGAUUGGCACCCCCAUUUGUUCCCGACGUGAGCAUGGCGCAUCCGCCCAACUUUGGCAUGAUGCAGCCACCGGGAGGAGAUUUAGAUCCAUUCCUCGACGCCUUCGACUGGGGCGACCUAACCGGCUUCACGUUGCAGCAAUGA